AGUUGACAGCCAGAGAGAACAAAGAGAGACAAGAGAGAGAAGAAAAGGGAGGGAGGGAUCAAGAUUUGGGGUGUUCUUACAUCCAAAAAAGUUUCUUGAUUCUCUCCUCUUCGAAACCUUUCCAUCUUCAUUCAAUUUGACCCUUUUUAAUUUGUUCUUGAAAAGAUCUUUCCUUUAUCAAUCAACAUGCUUCCCGCAGGGGCAGCAUUGAGGAUCUCCAUCGAGGAAAAGUUCGGAACUCUCUCCUAUUUCUUCAUCUACGCCAUCCUCGAAUGGCUGGUGAUCGUCUUGCUCUUUUUCGACGGCCUCCUCGCCUUCCUCUGCAACGAAAUCACCCAAUGGUUCGAGCUCAAAACUCCAUGCUUGCUCUGCACCAGGCUUGAUCAUCUCCUUGUGCAGAGGAGCUCCAGUUUCUACUACAAUGAAUCCUUUUGUGAGGAUCACAAGAGGAAUAUCUCCGCCCUCGCCUACUGCCACGUGCACAAGCGUCUUUCUGACAUCCGCAGCAUGUGCCAGGGAUGCCUUCUCUCAUCCGAGAAGGAAUCUGGCUGCGAUAGGCGCAGGCCCCUUGUUGUGGAUGAGGGGAAUGUGCAGCUGAGACAGUUGAGGAAAUAUGAGAAGGAGAUUGUGGCUAAUGAGAGGAUUGGGAUUUUGAGGUGCUCUUGCUGUGGGGACCCUAUAAAGUUGAAGUCACCGUUGAGAUACAAGGCGUGUUUGUCCAUGGCUGCCCCUUGUUCUCCUCGUGCAGCUUGGUUCUCAGGCGGGAAUGGUGAUGGUGGCAGCGUUGAUGCGUACACAGAGCUUAAAUUGAUAGCAGAUUCAAGAUCAGAGUUCCAUGGUGAUGAAUAUGGUAAAGAGGGCAUAAAUAAUAUGUUUGGAGAUGAACCAAAAACUCCACAUUUCUCAGAUAGAAACAGAUUCUUUGGAGUCGCAUUAUCAGAUGGUGCAGCCUCAGCGAGUCCUAGGACUCCUAGGAGAAUAGAGUUUGCCAUGGAGCCGAUCAAAGAGGGCGAGACCGAGGCCGAGCUUGUGGCCCGUCUCAAGAGACAGGUGACACUCGACCGGAGGUCCAUGAUGGCCCUAUACAUGGAGUUGGAUGAGGAGAGAAGUGCCUCCGCUGUGGCAGCCAACAACGCGAUGGCAAUGAUCACACGCCUGCAGGAGGAGAAGGCGGCGGUGCUGAUGGAGGCGUUGCAGUACAAGAGGAUGAUGGAGGGGCAGGCGGAGUAUGACCAGGAGGCGAUGCAGAGGAUGAAGGACAUGUUGGUCAGGAGGGAAGAGGAGAUUAAGGUCAUGGGGCACGAGCUCGAGGAGCAUGGGGAGAGGUACAGUGUGGUUGGGGCCAAAGGGAGUGGCGAUCUGUCUGAGGUGCGUCUUGAUGAGGAUCGUCAAGACAUUGUGAACUCGUGUGGCAAAAUGAGCAAUGAUCCCCGUGUGGUGCGUCUAGAUGAGGAUCAUCAAGACAUUGUGAACUCGCGGGUUUGUCUAGAUGAGGAUCAUCAAGACGACAUUGUGAACUCGCACGACGAAGGGAGAGAUGAUGCGCGUGAGGUGGGUCAUGAUGAGGAUCAUCAAGAUGACAUUGUGAACUCGCGGGAUGAAGGGAGUGAUGAUGCGCGUGAGGUGGGUCAUGACGAGGAUCAUCAAAACGACAUUGUGAACUCGCGGGACGAACAUGAGGAUCAUCAGGACGACAUUGUGAACUCGGUGAGCGAAGACAGUGAUGCUCAAUGUGAGGCAAGUCAUGUUGAGAGUCAUCAAGACAUUGUGGACUCGCAGGGCGAAGGGAGUGAUGUUCCGUGUAAGGUGGGUCGUGUGAACUCGCAAGUCAUGUCACCACGGGACGAGGAGGAACGUAAGAUCCAAGACGAGCUAGCUGCAUUGAACUACGAGGGGGAGAUGUGCCGUAUCCUAUGUCAGUUGGCGGAGUUGGAGGAGAAGUUGUACUCGGCGGAUGAUGCCGAGCUGGACGUCCUUGCGAGAGAAGUAAGAUUGGUGAAGGGAAGGCUGAGAGCAGUGGAAGCAGAGAGUGUGUUGUUGAAGCACGUUGCCAUGAGUGUGCAGAAAAGGGGAGUUUUGAGUGAGAUAGCUCAACAUCUAAGACAACUUAGGCAAUAAACAUGCAUGAUGUGUGUUAGGUUUAUGUAGAUUCUUUCAAGUGAGAUGAGGAAUCACAUGAAGUAGAAAUUGGGUUAGAAAGUUUUAGAGUGUGAUGGAUACUAUGAUGUUGUUUGAUUUUGUAUUUCAUCUUUUAACUCAUGAGACAAUGUGAAGUUUGUCUCUUUCUUGGUGUUUCAA